GUACUGGGGUCUGGGUUACAGGGGUCUAAAUUGUGUGUGUAAAGCAUGUCUGUGGGCAGAGCCGCCACAGACUUACGCCUACCCUCACAGCUCUGGCUUUUCUCCCAACGACGCGCCUAGUGUGCAGCGAUUAAAGGGCUGUCGAUAAUGAACUUCGAAUAAGAGAUUAAACAAGUCAAACCGUCAAGGCAUGACGCCAGCUAUGUACCGAAAAACGGUGCUUUUUUCGGCGGCUCCUGGUGCCAUUUUGAUGAAGUCACGAAGGAAACCGAUUCGUUUUCCAUGCGAAAAUACGCCACAGAAAUGAAUACCUCUACUUAAAUAUUUUCUCUUUUGUCGUGAUUUUUUUUCAUUCGACGCCUUAGUUGGUUGUGAAAGUGCAACGGAUCCCCAUGGGGCAGCAAGACGGACAAACAGAAAAUAUUACAGAGUAAUUGCACCCGCAGUUUCGGCUUUGAUCGCAGACGCUGCAAUCCGUUUUGACAACGAAGACCCAGAGCAACUGCGGGAAAAUGCUGUUGGCCUCCGCAGUGGUGGUGUGGGAAUGGCUAAACGAACACGGCCGCUGGCGACCCUACAGCCCCGCCGUGUGCCACCACAUCGAGGCGGUGAUGCGGAGCGACCCUCGCACCGGCAGCGUCGUCUUGGGCCAAGUGGACACCCGCCUCUCGCCUUACAUCAUAGACCUCCACUCCAUGCACCAGUUCAGGCAAGACACAGGCACCCUGCGCCCCGUGCGCCGCAGCUUCUAUGACCCCGCCUCUGCUCCAGGCCAGGGCUGGCUCUGGGAGUGGGAGAACGACUCGGGCUCCUGGACAGCCUACGACACGGAGGUGGGCAUCGCCAUCCAGGCGGCGCGGGACCGCCAACAGCCCUGGCUUGACUUGGCGCCACUCGGCUUCUGUUACCUCAUCGACUUCCAGAGCAUGACCCAGAUCAACCGGCAGACGAACCGGCGACGGCGCAUCCAGAGGCGCUCGGACUUGGCCUACCCGUUGGUGUCCGGGCCGUUACCCAAGGCCUGGGGGGCAAGCUCCCCUGGGGUCGGUGCCUCGGCCGGUGGGCUCGUCGGCGUGGGAGCGACGGCAGUGAGUGGGAGCAGCGGGGCAGCCUUCGCUGGUGGCUCCCUGUCCGUGUCUUCCCUCAGCAGCCUGAGCCAGCCCUGUGCCUGCCCACAGUGCAUGCUGGUCCUAAGCGUUAAGGCCAGUGCCAUGGCGCAUACGCUGGGCCGGCGACCAGCGCAACCCAAGCCCCCAAGCCCGAAACUGACCCUGGGGGGCCGCAUGGCUACCUCCUCGGCCUCCCCUAACCCCAUCUCCUACUCGCACACACUGCCACAUCCCCUGUCCCUGAGCCGCUCACUCUCGGCACACAGGAGCCCUACCACUUAUGCCCAGUCGCUCUCCCUGCUGGGCCCUGCACCCCCUCUCCUGUCUCUGUCCUCCGCCCGAACCCCCCCUCCCCCUCUCCCAUCGCUGCCCCCGCCGCUGCUCCCUCCCAGCCACCCGCACCAGCCGCCGCUCCCCCCACCACCUCCCCCACCGCCCAUCUCGUCUGCACCGCCUGCAUCGAACCCCUCAUCCUCCACCAACAGUGUCACCACCCCCUUGCUCCCCAGUGCCUCCCUCAUCCCCACGGCAACAGCAUCAUCCCUCUCCUCUUUGCCAGCUGGCCCCCCUCCUGCCCAGAGGCCCACAGCCUCCUCUGCCUCUUGUACCGCACCGCUGCCCGCCCGCUCCAGCCUGGCGGGUCUCAGCCGGCCCACCCUGCACCGCAUCGCCAUGGCGCAGUCCCGUGCCCUCAUCGCCUCCGGGGUCCCCACUGUCCCAGUGAAGAAUCUUAAUGGUUCCAGCCCCGUGCACCCAGCCCUGGCAGGCAUUACAGGUAUUCUGAUGAGCGCAGCAGGUCUCCCCGUAUGUCUGACCCGACCCCCCAAACUUGUCCUACAUCCACCUCCUGUCAGCAAGAGUGACAUCAAGCCCAUUCCAGGACUGGGACACUGUUGCCGAAAGACCAGCAAGAAGCAGGCCCGAAAGAGUAGAACUCCAGAAGAGGUGGUAAAGAAGUAUCUGCAGAAGGUCCGUAACCCCCCCGAGGAGGAUUGCACCAUCUGCAUGGAGCCACUAGGGGGCCCCUCGGGUUACAAGGGCCCCGGCGUGGGAGGUGUUUCACGGGGUGAAUCGGUGGGCCGUCUGGCGCAGUGCGGGCACCAGUACCACCUGCAGUGCCUGGUCGCCAUGUAUAACAACGGCAACCGUGAUGGUAGCUUACAGUGCCCCACCUGCAAGACCAUCUAUGGCGUUAAGACUGGGAGCCAGCCGCCGGGAAAGAUGGAAUACCACGUCAUUCCCCACUCGCUGCCUGGGCACCCCGACUGCAGGACCAUCCGCAUCAUUUACACCAUCCCGCCUGGCAUCCAGGGCCCUGAGCACCCAAACCCAGGCAAGCCCUUCACUGCCAGAGGCUUUCCUCGACACUGCUACCUCCCCGACAGCGAAAAAGGCCGCAAGGUGCUGCGCCUGCUGCUGGUGGCCUGGGAUCGCAGGCUCCUCUUUUCCGUGGGAACCUCCAGCACCACUGGCGAGUCGGACACCGUCAUCUGGAACGAGAUCCACCACAAGACUGAGUUCGGCUCCAACCUGACCGGCCACGGAUACCCAGACCCAGGGCACCUGGACAAUGUGCUGGAGGAGCUGCGAGCCCAGGGCAUAACAGAGGAGGACAGUCUGCCUCACGACUGAGGCCUGAACACAGCAAGAGCAGGGAUGAAGUCCUGCAUUAAAGGAUCCAGUGCCUCAUAUCACAAACACGUCUGUGAUAGAGAGGCAGGUAAACAUGUGGUGUAACCAAGCAGAAUGACUAGCUCUGCCAGUACCUGGGCACAGAAAACACGCUUAGGUCUGUUAACCAGCAAAUGUACACGGCAAUGGAAUGUGAAGGUGAGCGAGCACUAACACUGCCACUAUUUAGACCCUGAUGCGAAUGUGCUUAGUCUGCAGCUGCAAAAGGGGUAAUAAUCCGCGGUGCCAUAAAAAGACACGUGACCCGAAAAGUCGUUUUUAUCCUGGUACAGCAUGACGUCAGGAUUUUUAUGCCAUCUAGCGGCACUCGUAUCUACAUUCCGUUAAACGAUCGAAUUUAAUUAUUAUUUAAAACAGCAUUAAAUGUGUAAUGCGUUUUCGUUCAUUUGUCUUUGUGUACUUUAACACAUUGAGAUGUGUUUCAUUUGUACCCUUUAAAAAUGUCUGUGAGUAGGCGUGCUUGUGUCUGCUUAUGCAGAAGCGGUGUCGCCCAUACCAUGUGAGGCGCCUUGUGUCUGCUGCGCGUUUCCUUACGAUUUAAUUAAUUUCGUCUGAUAGAGAACAUCUACUAGGCCGAAACCGGCUCUUUUAAUCCGGCGCGUUACGACACAGUUACAGCUUCACGUAUAUUAACCCAGAGUUCCAGGCAGCAGGGCAAGUUGAAAAGGGAAAUGCUGGUUUUAAAAAGGUAGGAUUGGACAGGUUGCCAGAGGUCGUGGGACUUUGACACAUUUAAUUUUUAAGAGAAAACAGGCGAUUUAUACAGCACAUCAGAGGAAACUAUUCAACACAGGUUCAUAGCGGUUCUGCGCUUGCGCUCCAGUGGCCAGUUUAUUAGGGAUACCUCAUUAACGCAAUUAAACACCAUGCAUGCAGCACACAAGCAGAACCGGGAGCUUCGCCAUAUAAUCUAGCGUGGUGCUUCAAGUAUAUACAUGUAGCUCAGACUGAUGCUAUCAGAGGAGAAUUGCCAUACUUGGUAAAACUACAAAAGCUGCAACUGCAGAAAAAUAGCAGGUCAGUACAACAGUUGUCUGCAGAACUGCUUUCCUGAAUGUAGAUCUUAAAGCGGUCCUGAAGGCAAAGCCCGGUACUAGCUAGGUGUAACUAAUAAAGUGGCAACUGCUUGUGUAUGUCAGCAUUUGACUAAUUCAUACCCUGUCUGGGUUUGAGCUGCCCCUUGGAUCGUUGCAUUAAGAGCCCCUGCCCAGUCUUCCGCUCACCUCUGGCCGUCUGUCCGGUCUCCACGUUGGGUCAAUGAAUGACCUGCUUAUAAACAUGUACUGUUACCUGUGUGUGUAUGCGUGCACAUGCAUAAUAUGUACAUAUAAAUUGAUUUCGUUAUGUCUCGCGCGUAUGUACACUGAUUUUAAAUAACUUUUUUAAGCACUAAGGAGCAACCCAGCGCUGCCCCCAGUUUUUGUAAAACUUGUAUUUUUUUUCCCUGAAAGUUUACGUUGCUUUUGAAAAUUUCCUCUCUUACCGUUACUACGGAAGCGCAAUGAAUUCACACAGUGUAAAAAUAUAUACACCUUAUUUCGUAAUUAUGACUUAGGCCUACUAAGUAAAUAUCAGGAAAACGUUGCGGAAAAGAAAUUAGAUACCUUCUCUUGUAAUUAUGACUUACUACCUCGUAAAUACGAAAUACUUUCCUGUAAAUUAUGAGAUAGUAAAUCAUAAUUACAAAAUAUUAAGGUGUCUAAUUUUUUUUUUUCAUGUGACUGCAGUGCGCUUUCGUAUAUUCCAGUAUUUACUCUCGUUUCCAUUUUGUGCCUGGUUUUAUACAGUUAUUGGUCAUUUUGUUUUAAAAUCAUAUGAUCGUAAAUGUACGACUUGUGUGUACAUCGUGUACAAAGCAGUUGCGUGUAUGUCUCUUUUUACGUUAAAUUUAAAGGUACAGUUUGUGAUUAGUGCAUUUACUUUUCAGAAAUCGGUUAUAUAGGAGAAUGUUUUAAUUGAUAUACAAUGAAAAUGAACAAAAUAGGAAACCGUGUAAAUAACGAUGAAAUAUUCAUUAAACAAUACGAAUUCCGUCCUGA